CUUUUCUUCCUCUUGGUCUUAUUGCUGAUUGUAAAUUUGUUAAAAUUUUAUAAUUUUAUUGCUUCUCAGAUGAGUUUAAAUUGGGAACCGGACACGAAAUUUAUUAUCGUUAAAUUUACUUCUACAAAAAAAAUGCAAAAAAGUCUAUCGAAGUAGUUCCCAAGAAUUGGAUCAAAAGUGGAUCGAAAGAAAAUGAUUAUUUGUGUAAAUAUCCGGAUCCUAAAUGCUAUAAAUUUGUUGAUGCUUGGGUUCGUGGAGAAUCUGAUCCUGUAGAAUCGUGGAAGGAAUUUUCAGUAAAUGUAGAAACACAGGCUAGUGAUUAUGCAACAGCACAUCGAAGAAUGAAAAGGAUGAUCUCAGAUGGGUACAUUCAAAACAGUACAGACGCCGAGCAAAACGAAAAAGAUUCUUCCAUAAAAGUACUGUCAAAAGAGGAAGCUGAAAGUGCAUUACAAAAAGUUUUAGAUUUUGACAUGGAGGAAGAGCAUCAAGACUCGGGAAACAACAAUCAUAUUGUGAAGUCUCCUUCUUCAACCAAAGGAAAUUCUUCGACAGACAGUAGUGCUGAGAAAAAAACAAAAAAUCUAAAAAACGUGUACGAACGAAAAGUAUGCCAAAUUACAGGAUUCAAAACAAUAAAGACGACUGCAGAAUAUAAUUCAUCUUCUUCGAGUGAGAAAGAAAUCGGAUCUGAUACCAGUUAUCAAAAUGCGCAAUCAGUAUCUGAAAAGGCGGAACUCCAAAAGUCGAAAGAGACUUCAAAAUAUGAUUCACUGUCUUCGAAUGAUGAAAACGCCGAGAAUGAAACCAAGCAGAAAAACAUGCAAUCUGUGUCCGAAAAAAGAAAAAAUGAACUGGAGAAUAAAAGUCCAUCUAAACGGUUAGUAGUAGAGCAAAAUAUUAUCGGACAAAAGUCUGAAAAAUUGAAUGCGUUUGUGGGAUUUAUUGAAAAAACGUUUGAAGAACUCGAGAAGAAGUUAGUUAAUCACAUCGACGAAAAAAUUAAAGAAUCAGAAACAAGAACAUUUGUGUACAUUUGUAAAAAAUGUGAAAAAUUUCAAAGGAGCUUGCAGUAUGAUGUAGAAUAGAGGUCUCUCGAAACCAUAAAAGUUAUUCAAUCUGUUGCUUUCAGUUCUGAUGUAAAAACAUUUUUGGAAAAAUCUUUAACUUUACCAUUGCCUGUCGAGACACUUGACAAAUUUCUUUCCUUUGAAGAUGAUCUGAA